AUGUGCGGCCUUAAAAGCACCGCAUUCGUGAUCAUUUUCGGUGACGCAAUUCAUAAUUUCAUCGAUGGAAUUGCUGUUGGCGCAAGUUUUGCUAUAUCAAAUCAAGUUGGUAUAGCAACAAGUAUCGCUGUUGUAUGUCACGAAGUACCACAUGAAUUAGGUGAUUUUGCGGUCUUGAUCGAAUCCGGUCUUUCUAUUCCUCGAGCGAUGUUCUUGAAUUUUCUUUCAUCUCUAACCGCUUAUGCGGGAUUAUUUGUUGGUUUAGCGGCAAUUAGUGUGGACAGUGCUGUGGAAAUAUUGCUUGCCAUAACGGCCGGAAUGUUUCUGUACGUUGCUUGGCUCGAUAUGUUGGUACAUUUGAAAAAAGAAUCCGCGUCGACGAAUGAUAAAUGGUAUAUUACACUGUCGCUUCAAAAUAUCGGCUUUAUCACGGGAUUCUUAAUUAUGUUCGCAAUUGGGUGGUAUGAAGAAGCUCUCGGAUCACUUUAG